AUGAACAUUAGCGACCUACUUAUCCACCCAGCACCAUCAUCACAGCCACUGACGACAUCCCCAGUUGUCCAACAACAACAACAAGAGAUUCAAUCCAAUAGCCAAUAUGGUCCACAGCAUCCGCAUAAGCAAUCUAUCCACGAUGAUGACCUCAUGAGCUAUUGGGAACAAGCACUUCAACGUAGCGGCUAUCAUGUUAAACAAAACUCGGAACGAAAUAGCUUGACCGAUGGCUAUGUGUGGCCAGCAGCCACCACCCACAGCAGCAGCAUGAAGACAACACCCAUUCAUGUCAAGGUGAUUGGGCGACAUAUGAAUGGAUCCUUUCGAUGUCAUAUUGGUACCGGCAAAGCAUCACGACCCAUACAGAGUGUGGAAUUGUACCAGCACAUGCGAUUACUUGCUGUGUUUUUUCGUGCUGAACAUGCCAAAAGCCAACGCGUAUCACCCGAAUUUAUUUUCUUUCCUACAUGGCUGCUCCAUCUUUUUCGAUACACUGAGCAUGGGUCAACACCUGGAAGAACGGAUGUGCGGUUUUUGGAGCACGCUGCUCAUGCCAAAGAAGAUCAUAUCUUUAGGCUCAACCAUGUGAUCAAUAGCUUAUUCCGAUUCAACUUGCAUGAUUUUGAUGCCGCAAAGUUGAGACACGCUGUUGAGCUAGCAAAUUUCUUGUUUGACACCAUUGGUCUCGAUUACCAUGAUCAGCUACCACGUCCUUCGGAUACAGGGAUUCACAACCCACAUCAGCAACAGCCGUAUUGCAACCUUGUUUAUUUGCUUCAACAGCCACGUCCAUCAAAACUCAAACCUGUAUGCCACAAUUGCAACACCAAGCCUGCAUCUCGUCGUCGUUUAUGUGUUGCAUGCUACCGCUAUCAAUUAAAGCAUGGUGAGCCACGUCCACUCCGCCUCAUUGUUGCCAAUCGACCCGGUCCUUCAAGCAGCAGCAAUAACAACCAUGCUUCCAACAAGCAUAGCAACGGCAAUUUACCCAUGGUGUUUUAUGGAUCCAAUAACAACAAGAGUGGUUCAUCAUCAACAAAAUCAUGUGCCAAUUGCGGUGUUCAAGAAACGCAUCAAUGGUAUCGCAAUUUGUGUGGUGAAGGUCAUUGGUGUGAAACAUGCAAGAGCUAUUAUUUGCGUCAUACCAAGGUACGACCUGCCGAACUUUUUGUCAAGGCUGCCAAACGCAAGGUCAAUGUCAGAACACUUGUCAAUAGCUGGUGGACAAAUGAUUCGAAUACGAGCACCAUUAUCGCCUCCCCAACAACAUCGCCUCCUCCAUACUUGUCAUGUUGCACCACUACAGCAGAAAGCAUCGGAUCAUCGGCAGCCAGUGAGACCUCCUCAAACUAUAGUCCUCCUCCUACAUCACCGCCCACGCCUGUUCUCCUUCAUCCAACAGCAUGCGCUACAAGCAAAUGGCUAUGA